AUUCUCCCUCUUCUCCAUCAGUAGCGCCGCCUCCGAGAUGUCCCGGGCCGGUCUGAGGGUGGUGCUGCCUCCACACCUGGCGAGAGGGCCUUCCCCGACCCCCGAGGCGAGGCACCGCCUUCAGGUACCUGUAGGAAGCGCAGGAGGAGGGGGGAGCUCAGCCGGAGGAGAUGGAGGGUCCACCAACCUCUGGGGGGAGGAGGAGAGUGACCUCAUCAGGUCAUGCGCCGCCCUCAGCUCCGCCCUAGGGGUCCACAAAAGCUUCAGUACUUCAGACAUCAGUGGUGUUGGAGCCACUAGUACCGAAGGAGACUUGAACCGUACUUGGGUUAGCGAGGUGAACGUGUACAGCGGCGGCGCGCGGCUGGACGGCGUCCUCCUGCCGCGCCUCGACCCGACGUCCCGCUCGUGCUCGACGUGGGUGGCGGUGGGCGACGUCGCCUCCACCUCGCAGCUGCCGUCCCCGCAGGCGAGACCGGGGUCCCUUGAGAGUCCCGCCAUCACCGCCGCCGACUUCAUCCGCUCCGUCAACAAGAAGGUGCGGCAAAAUUACAUCAAACGGCGCCUGGUGACUACGUACCGCGCCCUGCAGAGGUUCUCGCAGUCCGAACUCAACCUGGAAGCCGGAGGCGGACCGACCACGGGGGGCGUCAAGGUUGACGGUGGAGGCGUGACUCUGGUGGUGCCCCCAAGGCAACAGGCCGCACAUGACGUCUUCAGGAUCAUCAAGAAGGAAGUCGAACUCCCAACCCCCGCCCACUCCGCCUCCGCCCACAACAAGAACCUGAGCCUCACCGCCCGCGACGUGGAGAGGGAUCGCGGGCGCCCUCUCACGAAAUACGAGAGAAAUAUGAUGAUUUUCAACUGGCUCCAGACCCUCGAGGAGACCGCCUACGAGAUGAUGUCGUGAAGGAGGAGGAAGAGGGGGUGGGAGGAGAUGGAACAAGAAGAGGAAGAGGAGAGAGAAGAAGAGAAUUACGACAUGGUGUACUAAAAGUGGUGAAAGAGGAAGAGAUGAAUAUGCAUACGAGAUAAGUCAAAUCUAAGAUAUGUAAGAAACGAAGAAAAGAUUGGGAAAGAAAAGUGAUUCUACAGAGAAUGAUGGAGUGUGUGUGCUCAUGCUAGGAUAUCCAAUUAUAUGCGAGUAUUCGUUAAUGUGUACAUGGAUGAGUGUGAGGAUGUGUGUUGGUAUAUUCCAAUGCGUGCGUUCGUUCGUGUGAAUUAUUAAACAGAGAUGUGAUUUCAGAUAGAAAUAGCACAAGUCAAGGGCAGCCGAAACGCGCCGUUUGAAAAGAUAUGUAAACUAUUUCUAUUCG